GUAUCCAAUUUAGUAGUGAAGGAAAGAGUCAUAAAUUGUAUUAAAAGCUAGAUAGUGAGUGGAUUCAAUCCAACUCCAAAACAAACCACUUAUAUUUAUAAGGCAGAGCUGAGUAUUGAGCAGUAACAACCACCACUAACAACUUUGUGCUUUUUGUUCUAACUUCAAUAAGCAAAAGUGUUGGUACUUUUCAAGUGUGAGCACAAAAGAGAAUUUUGAUAAGGUUCAGUUGAGAUCUGGGCUGUUUGUUUGUGGAAGGAAGGGAUUAUUAAAAUGGGGAAUGUGGGAAUACUUUGGGUUUGUUUUGUGCUUUUGAUGGCAAUUCAAGCAAUGGAGGUUCCUAAAGCUGCACCAGUGGAUCCAAUUUCAGGUUGAGCCAAUUUCUUUUACCACCUACAAACUUGCAUCUCUAGGCUGCCUUUUGUAUCAUUCGGUUCCUCAAGAACAAUCCUGAGAAAGGACUAUUUUUUCCAUCUUGUUCCUUAUUUCAAAUCAAAGGCUUCUACGAUUCUGAUUGGGGUACAUGUUAAGACACAAGAUGUUCUGUUAUGGGCUUUUUCUUCUUCCUUGGUGAUUCGUUAAUUUCAUGGAAAAGUAAUAAACAAUCCACUUUUUCACAUUCUUCCUCUUGAAUCAGUUGUUCUAUACUAUACGAAACACAUUGAAAUGGAUUGUCACGUAGUUCGCGAUAAGAUUCAAGAUGGAAUUCUUCACUUAAUGUCGAUACCUUCUGCUGAGCAGAUAAUAAGAAAAUCUUCAAGGAAAAGCGAUCUCGAUUACGCCCGGUUGAUAACAUAUUCAAGCUUCCAAUUACAUCAAAUUCAUGGCCAGAAGGUAACGGUUUCGCGAGUGGAGUCCUUGACCUAGGAAAACUACAAGUGUCUCAAGUAUCAACAUUCAAAAAAGUUUGGGGUGCCUACGAAGGAGGACCGGACGAUAAAGGUGCCUCAGUCUACGAACCAUCAGGAAUACCUCAAGGAUACUCUAUGUUAGGUAGCUACAGCCAACCAAACAACAAGCCACUUUUUGGAUAUGUUCUUGUUGCAAAAGAUGUUUCUCAAAGCACAAGCAAUGGAACUUUAAAAUCCCCAAUUGAUUACACAUUUGUAUUCAAUACUACAUCUUUUUCAGCUUCACAGGAUUUCUCUUUGUUUAUUUGGCUACCAGUGGCACCUGAUGGUUACAAAGCUUUAGGCCAUGUUGUCACCACAACAGUCGAUAAACCUUCACUUGACAAAAUAAAGUGUGUAAGAUCAGACCUCACUGACCAAUGUGAAACUUCUUCAUGGAUUUGGGGAUCCAACAACUUCAAUUUUUAUGAUGUUAGACCAUCCAAUAGAGGUGUUCAAGCUCCUAGUGUUCGGGUCGGAACCUUUAUCGCACAAAUCGGCGAGGCUAGUAACCCUCCAUCAAUUUCAUGUUUGAAGAAUCUCAAUUCUAUUACACAAAUAAUGCCUAAUCUGAAACAAAUUGAGGCAAUACUUCAAGUUUAUUCUCCAUUUCUAUACUUACAUCCUGAUGAAAAAUACUUACCUUCUUCAGUUAAUUGGUUUUUCUCCAAUGGAGCAUUACUAUACAAGAAAGGUCAAGAAUCAAAUCCUGUUCCAAUAGCACAAAAUGGAACUAAUCUUCCUCAGGAUCCUAACACUGAUGGUGAAUAUUGGAUAGACUUACCUGUUAAUGAUGCAAACAAAGAGAGGGUUGAAAUUGGAAAUAUACAAAGUGGUGAAUCUUAUGUACAUGUUAAACCAAUGCUUGGAGGAACAUUCACUGAUUUUGUGAUGUGGGUUUUCUAUCCAUUUAAUGGACCUGGAAGAGCAAAAGUAAAGUUUAUAAAUAUUAAAUUAGGGAGAAUAGGUGAACAUGUUGGUGAUUGGGAGCAUGUGACAUUAAGAGUAAGUAACUUGGAUGGUCAAUUAUGGCAUGUAUAUUUCUCACAGCAUAAUCAUGGUUCAUGGAUUGAUUCAUCUCAACUUGAAUACCAAAAUGAUACUAGAAGUGUUGGUUUUCCAACUAAAAGACCCAUUGUUUAUGCUACAUUACAUGGCCAUGCAUCAUAUCCACAUGUUGGUCUUGUUCUACUAGGGAAAGAUGGUGUAGGUGCAAGAGAUGAUACUGAUAGAGGUGGAAAUGUUAUGGAUUUGGGAAAAUUUGUUUUGGUUUCUGCUGAUUAUUUAGGGAAAUCUGUAAUAGAGCCACCAUGGUUGAAUUUUUAUAGGGAGUGGGGUCCAAAUAUUAAUUUUAGUCUAGAUGGUGAAUUGAAGAGUAUUGAGAAGUUUUUGCCUGGAAAACUGAAAGAUCGUUUUGAAAAUUUUGUUAGGGGUUUACCAAAGGAACUAUUGGAAGAGGAGGGACCUAUAGGUCCAAAGCAAAAGAAUAAUUGGAGUGGUGAUGAAGUUUGAAUUUUGUUGGAUUUAGUUAAUAUUGAUUCUUACAAAAUUUAAAAUUGAAUGUGAGAAUAAUGUAGUUGGUGGAAUUGUAUAAGGGGCUACAGUUUGAGUUUAAUUUGAAAAUACAUAAACAAAUUAAACGAUAUUAGCAGUAGCUCCAAAUUUUUCUUUUCUAUGGCAUGUACAAUAGCUUCAAAGUCAUUUUCUUUUGUUCCGUCAAUAUUUUCAAA